UUGGUAACCCAAGUGCGGUGCAAUCCCCUUGCCCCUGAAGCCUGUGCUCUGGGCGCUGCCGCCGCACUGGAACGGACCAUGGCGGGUCGGGGAGGAGCUGCUCGACCGAACGGACCGGCUGCUGGAAACAAAAUUUGCCAGUUUAAACUUGUCCUCUUGGGGGAGUCGGCUGUGGGGAAAUCCAGUCUUGUCCUGCGCUUCGUGAAGGGCCAGUUCCAUGAGUACCAGGAAAGCACCAUUGGAGCUGCCUUCCUAACGCAGACGGUCUGUCUGGACGACACGACGGUGAAGUUUGAAAUCUGGGACACUGCAGGACAAGAGCGAUACCACAGCUUGGCCCCCAUGUAUUACAGGGGCGCGCAGGCAGCCAUUGUCGUCUAUGACAUCACCAACACGGACACAUUUGUGCGCGCCAAGAACUGGGUGAAGGAGCUGCAGAGGCAGGCCAGCCCCAAUAUUGUGAUUGCGUUAUCAGGCAACAAGGCAGACCUUGCCAGCAAGAGAGCUGUGGACUUCCAGGAAGCCCAAACGUAUGCAGACGACAACAGCUUGCUGUUCAUGGAGACCUCAGCGAAGACAGCGAUGAAUGUGAAUGAAAUCUUCAUGGCGAUAGCCAAGAAGCUGCCGAAGAGCGACACCCAGAAUGCUGCUGGUGUGCCGGGCAGGAAUCGGGGCGUGGACCUGCAGGACAACAGCCAGCACAGCAGAAGCCAGUGCUGCAGCAACUGAGCCUUCAUCCCCACCUGCCCGCAGCCCUUCCAAUGACCUGACUGGAAUCCACGCGCACCAAUCGCACUUACGGUAGAACAGCUGGGCCCCUGCAGCUGCCGUGAUUUCUCCAGUUCCUGCGGAUCCGGGGCUGGAGGGAGCUGUUCCACUUGCACCUUUCUGUACAAAUACUAAUUCCAUUUUAAGUCUUAACGUCACCUUUUUUAAUAGAUGAACUUCUGCUCUUCCCGGUGGUGGAUACGUGCUAGGCGAGGGCUAGAGCCGGCCGGGCACCACAAGCUUCUCCUUCACUUUUGGAAACAAGGGUAACUUGCCCAUUCCGUGGUAUCUCGUUUGCGUUCGCCACGUGAACCAGCUAAGGGGAGUCCACUAAACAAUAGCAUUAUAGUGACCUUGAGCUCCGGUUUCGGAGCCAGGUGUCUCGACCAAAUCACAAUGAUGAGUAUUUGGGAUGGGGGGGCAGCCGGGAGCCAAACUGGUCUUUUUUCCUGUAUUUUGUAUUGUACAUUUCUUCAUGUAACCAAUCAGUAUCCUGUCAGUAUAGUACAUACCAGGUAGCCUUCUGUUGUCCUCAUCUGGGUGUCGGACUUGAGCAUGCCAACUCUUUUCUAUCUCUUCAGUUCUGGUGUAAUGCACUAAUAAUUCUCUUGCAGUUUUUUUGCAAAAAAAUCUUGUAUAAAAAAAACCAAUUGUCCUUUUUGACAGUAUGCGAUGCCACUAAUGUUGUUAACCUGGCGGGGAGACGGCUCUGGUUUUGCUGAUGUGCGGAGUUGGGGCUGGGGGAGACUUUUGAGUAACUUGCCUGUGGAAACCAUCUGUUCCCCACGAACCUGCGGUGAGGGAGGGAGAUGAUUGCUGGAGUCUUAACUUGUUGGCUGCUGCCUAGCGCCUCAUGCCGCGGCUCACAGAUCGGUAUUUAAAGAGGAACUGUCAACUUAGUCUUCAUCACAAACUUAUGUUGUGAUUAAAAAAUUUUUAUAAACCUCA